CACAGAAGCUGUACAGGAGAGCAGACCUGGCAGAUGCACAUACAUUUCAGCUUCAGUAAAGCAUAUACAGAACCAUUCAUGGAUAGAAACUAAAUGGAGCUUCUUCUUUUUUACCAGCAGACAAAUUUUGACAAUUUAUACUAUGUGUGACAAGAAGAUGUAAAGCUUGUACAGAGGAUUAAUGGCAGGAGUUGUGCUCUUCGAAAGAAAUCCUCAGUGCUAAUGAUGUGUCAUCUGUAACUCACCCUGAAGCUGCAGAUUUGCAUUCAAAGCUACAGGCAGGCACACAGCAUUUCCUCUGCAUGUUCCUGCUGAAAACAAACUGGAUUGAGACAAAAUACAUGUUUUGUUGACUAAACACCCCAGGGAUUUGUCAUACCAUGGAUUACAGAUUUUCACGCUUAAGACACUUUGGACCCAGUGAAAAAGUUUAAUAUAGAAUUGCAAACCAGUUUUGAGCAAAGUGAUGGAGCAACCUAUUAAAGAUAUACUUCUGGGUGCUCCAAAGGCUUCAGACCCCAUGAUUAUGGAGAAACGUGCCAAUGACUGUGUGAUUACAACUGUUCCAAGAGUCAACGAAACCCAACUGACUGCUGCAACAGGAGGAGCGGAACUCUCUUGUUACCGCUGCACCAUCCCUUUCGGAGUGGUUAUACUUAUAGCCGGAGUUGUGGUCACAGCAGUGGCUUAUAGCUUCAACUCACAUGGAUCCAUUAUCUCCGUCUUUGGGCUGGUCCUUCUCUCAUCUGGACUUCUUCUGGUGUGCUCAAGUGCACUUUGCUGGAAAAUCAGGCAAAGGAAAAAGAGAGCAAAGAGGAGAGAGAGCCAGACGGCAUUGGUGGCAAAUCAAAGGAGUUUAUUUGCUUGAGAGCUAGAAUGUCUACAACAGUGUGACUGCACCUGGUCUAGAUCAUUUCGACCAGCGGGAGGAGUUUUGGAACAAUCCAUCUGUUUGGGAUUCUAUGUGCAUGUAAAACAGGCAUUGACGAGUAUGUAACGAUUGAGGGCGUGGGUCUUUUUAUUUUGAGAUUUGGGGCUCAUUACACAGUUUGCAUAUUAGUUUAAUGUCACAUAUUGUCCCUCACGUCUUGGAUUGAAGAUAUGUCUUUGAAUAAAUAGCAUAUUUUGCUGAUUGGUUCAAAUAGUAGUCAAAGCACCCCUGUUGGUGGAAUUAAGAUGUACUUUGUUUUUCGGGACAGUUGAGAAACUAAGUUGUCUGUGAUAUAGAUGGCAUGGUUUAUGGCGAUGUGACCUAUGAUUUUAUGGCUAGCUCCUUUAUUAUUAACGCAAGCCACAUUAAACUGUAGCCACUGGAAGCUGCACAUAAAUAAAUAAUAUAAUAAUUGUUAUUGCAGAUGCUUUCAGUCUAUUCGAGGUUAUAUUUGAUUACAUUGAGAAAUUACUUUUUAAUUGAGAAGAGAUUAAUGUUUCAUUUGCACAUUUUUUUUGUUAAUACUAGUAAUUGAGAUCACAUAGAACCAAUAAUAAUCUACAAUAUUAAAACAGCACAAAAGUUAGAUGUUCCGUUAAACUAAGAUCACACCCUUUAAAAGUAAGCUACAAAUAAAUUAAUAUAUAUUUGAGAAAUUCACUAAAUCAAAUCAAGGCUAUUGUGAUAUUUAUGAUAACAUGUCUCUCUUCGAUAAGAAAAAUAUACAAUUAAUUCAGAUGUAAAAUCAGUACAUAAACAAAAAAAAUGGCUAUACAGUACAUUUAUAAUGACAACAUUCAGAAUAUUGACAUAUAAAAUGUAGACAUGGACAAUAGGAUAGUUGAUUUUUCCACGGUUUUUAGGGUUAGGUUCAGGGAUACUCACCUCACCAAUACAAAACUGCCAAUUGUGAAUGUUAAUAUUUGACAUGUUGACCUCCAGUCUAUGUCAUCAUUCCGAAUGUUUAAAACAUGACUACAUUCUGCUGUCCACUUCCUGACUUUCAACAUCCUAAAUGUUAAAAUUUUAUACCACACCCAGCACAUGUAUAUAAAACAAAACACGAGUCAAGACAACAUUGAUUUUACUAUGUAUUUGUAAAUCGUUUAUGUGUAUUUUCUGGCAAUAAUAUAAUGACUCAUGAUGACCGUUAUCAAACUUACUUGUACUCAUUACUUGGUUGCCAACAGACAGAACAAAGAUGAGCAAAGGGUGGCCCCCAGGCAAGCAAUCUAAAGCUAUGUUACUGAAUGUAGAUAGUAUACUGAUAUGUCAAGAAAACAAAAUUGUUAUUUGGAAAGAAACAUAGAGGUGAGUAAGAAUCAAAAGUGCAAUGACUAAAACCUUGAUAUUUUCCUUUCUUUAAGUCACUUUGUACUGAAUCAAGAGUCAAAGCAUCACCUUGGUGCAUUUAUGUAGGUGAUAUCAUACUGUAGAAAAAAAUGUCACUGUAUGGGAACUCUAAAUUUAAAGAUGCUCAAAAAUUGUUAACCAGAUCAAAUGCCACCAGCUUAAAAACAUGUUUAUGGUACACUUGUCAGUAGACCCCAAUUUGAACCAUGAUAUUGAAAUUUAAUGCUCCACCUUCAAGGUUCAUUUUUCAUGUAUGAACCAUACUUUCCUACUCUCCUGGAGACCCAUGAUAGACCCCCAAACACUUGUAAGAGUAGGCAACUCUCCUGCAUCCCAUCAGCUUCCUAGUGAAACAGGCUGGAUGGGAAGAAAAUCACCAUGAUUGUGGAUGAGGUGGGGCUUAAUGAUGUGAUUCACAUCAUUACACCUGGCCCCCUUUCUGCAGCACCACAAAUUUCUUUAUUUUUCCUGUGUGUGGAGGGGGCAGGGGGGGAUAGGGCCUAAUUAGUGGCUUGCUGCACUCACCACAGGUUUUAUUCCCACUCUAUGGAUGUUGUGGACACUCAAGAGUGGAAAUAGUCCUUGGCCCCCUACCGGCAUUCUGGCAUCAGGAAUCCCGGUGUCGGUAUGCUAACCACCAGGAUUGUAACUGCAUCCUGUUCAAACGUGUGUACACCAGGUGAAAUAUGGUAGAAACAGCUCAAACUUUUACAAAGUUCUUCGUUUUCUGUGGCUCUAAAAGUCAAGAAAUUUCAGAAAUCUAUUUGAAUUUGUAGCCAAGUCAUUAAACUGAAUCAAACUGUAGCUGGUGUAAACAUUUUUACAUUUGAUCCAAAGAACUCUAGAAAUAAGAUAAUACAUUUUAAUUUAAAUUAGCAUAGGACAAUACCCCCAUGACAUAACUGCGGUUCAUAUAUUUCAUGAUUUCUUUAUGUUGGCUGAAAGUGAUGGCUUGGGAUCCAACAAGGAUUAAUCCUGCAUAUAUUACAUACAGGACUUGUGAUUUGAAACCACAUCUUCAUGUUUUACGGACAUGGAUUGGGCAGAUCAGAACAUGACCGUAAUGUUUACAUUUCCGAAAUGGUAAUGUUACAAUUGCUUCUUUUUUAAAACCCUAUACAAAAUAUGUCUGAGGACUGCACCCAAAAUAUGCAGAUGCUUAUACUGUAGCAUUGCGGCAGCACAUAUUUUAUCUCAUGGGCAUGUAUUAACUUAGGCAACAGCUGCCGGGCCUAUGUAGUUAUCAUUCCCAGAGAUCCUGGCACUGCUUCACUAUGUUAUCUCCUCUGAGCACUGCACUUUAUAGUGUGAAAAGGCAACAUUUUAGUACUCAAAAAUGAAACUCUUCUCAGAGGGGAAGGAAAUUCCCUUCCUCUCUGAACAAGAAGUGUAGACUGGCGGCAGAUGAGUUUUCAACCCAACGAGGUGAGGCGAGAGGACUAUGGGGUCUAUGUACUAAACCUUAGAGACAGAUAAAGUGGACAGAGAAAAAGUACCAACCAACCAGCUCAUAAAUGUCAUUUUUCAAACACAGGGUAGAUGUAUUAUAGCGGUACGGAUCGUGUCACAAUAGCACUUCCUGCUUCGCCUCAUUACUGAGGUGAAACAGGAAGGUAUACCGUUGGGAUAGCAGCAUCAAUAAUGACAGGGGUGCAUGGCACUUUGCCCGCACCUCCACUGUAAUACAUCAUGGGGAAUCGGUAUCAGUGCACAUAAUAUAAUCGAGUCAUACAUCUACUCCACAGUCUAUAACAUGGCAGGUAGGCGCUGAUUAGCUGGUACUUUAUCUCCAUCCACUUUAUCUCUCACCAAGGCUUAGUACAUAGGCCCCCAUGCCCUUUCCUAAAAUUCUUGGGGGCCUCAUGAAAAUGUUGCUGUGGGACCCACAAGUUUCUAUAUAUGCCCCCAAUUAAUGUGUUUCCUUUUUUCACAUAACUAUACCUUCUUUACAUUGGAGAUUCUACCCAUCUACACCUGAAGGAUUCAUUUUACAACAGGUGUUUUAAAGUAAAAGUAAAUAUACCUAGAAAAAAAGAGAGAAAGUCCUCUAUAUAUAUUCUAUAUAUUACACACAUAAUCACCAUGCAAGCUUUCAGUGUAGUCAUUUGGUCUACGUUUAAUUUGCCGGCUGUCGGAAUCUUGGCGGUCAGGAUACCGACGCCGGAAUCCUGACAGCUAGCAAUGACGGCAGUCGGAAUACUGGCACAACAGGACUAUUCCCACUCAACUCCCCCGCAAAGGGGAUUCUUUGCACUCGCCCUGCUGAUGGCAUGCUGCGGCUGGUAUGUCGCUGUCAGUAUACUGAUGGCCAGGCCGCCGGUAAAUCAUACUGAACCCAGUCAUUUAUCCCAGUGUCACAGAUUUAAACCUACAUUAGAUCAGCGUUGUACAAUUUCAGGCCUAAAAGGUGCAGAAUGUGACAUACUUUUGUCACAGUACAGUAUCUUCACAAGUCACACUUAGAUUGUUUAAUCAAGCAGUCUAGUAGUUCUUGCUCGCAGUUGUCGUUGCCUUUUUACCUCACUUCGUGUAAUAUGAUGUUAAUACAAAACAUUUAUUUCAUUCAAUUUACUUAUCUACUGUAGAUGGACAAUGGAUUUUAUUGCUGCACUAAACAUUAAAGACUUAUUGUGGGAAAUUGGUUGAACGGAUAUACAGUAGGAUUUAAAUGUUUGAAGCUAUAGAAUAACUAUUAGAUUAAAAGCGCAAAAAAAGUAUAUUGGGAAUCUGUGACUGAUUUGAAAUCAGACUUUUAUUGGAUGUCAGUACUUAGUGCUGCAGUGGAUCGUAUUGGUGGUACUUGUCGAUUUUCUUUUGAUCAUUGUUGUAUUUAGAUGGCUAACUGUAAUUCUAUUUGGUAAAAGUGCGAUUUGUACCUAAAAAGUGUCAACUAUUUGUAAAUUAACGAUAAACUUAUUAAAUCUA